AUGCGAGGUUCAGUACCCUCGCCACGAGUCGCCUGGCUUCUCAGCCCGACUCCAUUAUACCGGCAAGCUCCGCAUGUGAGUACCCUCGCCUCGAGUCGCCCGGCUUCUCAUCCCGACUCCAUUAUAGCGGCAAGCUCCGCAUGCGAGGCUCAGUACCCUCGCCUUGAGUCGCCUGGCUUCUCAGCCCGACUCCAUUAUAGCGGCAAGCUCCGCAUGCGAAGUUCAGUACCCUUGCCACGAGUCGCCUGGCUUCUCAGCCCGACUCCAUUAUACCGGCAAGCUCCGCGUGUGAGGUUUAGUACCCUCGCCUCGAGUCGCCUGGCUUCUCAGCCUGGCUCCAUUAUAGCGGCAAGCUCCGCAUUCGAGGUUCAGUACCCUCGCCUCGAGUCGCCCGGCUUCUCAGCCCGACUCCAUUAUAGCGGCAAGCUCCGCAUGCGAGGUUCAGUACCCUCGCCUCGAGUCGCCUGGCUUUUCAGCCCGACUCCAUUAUAG